GAAGCCAGCCAGCCUCCGAAAUCAGAGAGAGCCAGCAAUGUAGAGAGUGAGGGUUUGAGGAAAUGCACUCCGAAGAUUUCAGCCACUUGCUCAAAUACUAUCGGACUAGGCGAUGCACGCAAAAGCAGGAGUAUGUAGGGGUGAUGGUAUAGUGCAUAUGUUGAAUCUUGACCACAGACUUUGUCUCCCUCUACCAACGUGAGGGAUAAAUAGGCACAUGGAGGAACGUGCCAUGAGUAGCAUUCUGACGCCAUACUGACAGAUAUUGCGAAUCUGAUUAGGUUUUAAUCAUGGAGGCACUUUUCUCCAAUCCAUUAAUUCUUCGUGACGCGGAGGAUUUCCACUUGGAGCAGUGGAACUGUUGUGCUAGUCGACAGCCAACAACGACGUCACAUACGAUGUGCUCUCAAUCGAUAUCUUCGUGGAAGACGACCAGCAGUUCCAGCGAGGAAGACCAGAUGCCGAGCCUCUGGUCAGCAAGCGAUGGCGAUGAGAGCCAGGAAUCCAGAACUGAAGCCAGCGACGAUGAGACAUACGAAGUCACCGACCGAAGUUCUGCGGAAGCAGCCGCUCACCUGAAGGAGAGACCCGAGCUGGCACACCACCUCCAGAACGAUAGCUCUAUACUCACGCUCGCCGUGAGUGAUCGAUUUGUCUAUGCUGGCACACAGGAUGGGGAGAUUCUGGUAUGGUCAUUAGCUUCGUUCGAGCUAGUAUUGCGGAUUCAGGCCCAUACUCGAGCUGUACUCUGUUUGUUCCUGUCUGCUGAUGGCAAGCACUUAUUCUCCAGUGCAGGGGAUGCAAUUGUCAAUGGAUGGUGUCCUGUUACUCUCAAACGAUUAUACCAUAUAUACAGCACUUACGAUGUCGGGGAUGUCUUCAGCGUUGCGUACUCUGCACAAUUCGAGACGGUAUACCUGGGAGCUCAGAACACAAGCAUACAAUGGGUCAGUCUGAAAGAUUCAAGUACGAGACCUCCCCCGAACCCUGCGAACCAUCCGGACCGACGAAACCAUCGCUUCUUCGACUCAGUAGCCAAGGGUGGUACGUCGACACCACGGCCUCCGCAUCCUCGAACUGCUCAUGGCGGAGAGAUCCUGGAGAUUGACAAGGCACACAUGAUGCAUUAUGCCCAUUUUGGAUACGUCUAUUGUAUGCUUAUGGUGAGGGGCGUCACACGGCAUAUUGAUUCAGAUGAAGAUGUGCUAGUAUCAGGCGGUGGUGAUGGAACUAUCAAGAUCUGGAAGCUUUCCGAGGACCAGACUCAAGGAGUACGGGAGGUUGCUUGUCUUGGAGAUGACGAUGCUGAGUCAGUGUUGUCUAUGGCUGUAGAUGGUUCGUUUCUGUACAGCAGCAAACUUGAUGGUGUCAUUGAGCUCUGGGAUCUGGAUACCAAACAGAAGCUGAGAGUGAUUAAGGCGCACAGAGGGGAUGUUAUGACUCUGCAGAUGGGAUGGGGAUACCUCUGGACGGCUAGCUCUACUGGAUUUGCGAGGAAAUACACCACAGUUCAGUAUGGCAAAUACCAGUCCACUUCCUCCUUCAGCGGAAAGUACGAUUGCGUCAAUCGAUGGAGAGCACACGAGGGUAGAAUCCUAGCCUCGGCACUAACAACGUUCGACAAGCAACAGCUCUACAUUACAGGUGGCAACGACAACUCGAUAUGCGUAUGGAAUAUUACAGGAUGUCAUUCGGGAACAUAUACCAAGCCUGAUGUACAAGAAGAUCAUCUACUAAAGUCUCUUCGCGAGUUUGUAUCGUUCAAGACUGUCUCGUCGAGACCGGAACAUGCUGAGGAUUGUCGUCGUGGAGCCACUUUCUUGCGAACGCUGUUCAAGAAACAUGGUGCCCAGACGGAGAUGUUGAAUACCGAAAAUCAGCACAAUCCAGUUGUCUACGCCAGAUUCAAGGGCAAUCCAGCUACAUCAGCAAAACGAAAGAAGAUUCUGUUCUAUGGUCAUUAUGAUGUUGUCCCAGCAGAUGACAAGCAGAACAAGUGGAUCAUCGACCCAUUCGAAAUGAAAGGAGUCAACGGAUACCUGUACGGUAGAGGUGUAACAGAUAACAAAGGUCCUAUCAUGGCUGCACUGUAUGGUGUUGUUGAUCUUGUGCAUGAGAAGGAGUUGGAUUCAGACAUUAUCUUCUUGAUUGAAGGCGAGGAAGAGUCUGGCUCUCGAGGCUUCAAAGAAGCUAUUCGCAGACAUAAGGACCUCAUUGGGGAUGUUGACUACAUCAUCCUCGCAAACAGCUACUGGCUCGAUGAUGAUGUACCAUGUCUGACAUAUGGACUGCGUGGUGUUUUGCACGCCACUGUCAAGGUUGAUAGCAAGCACCCCGAUGUCCACAGUGGUGUUGAUGGAAGUUUCAUGAUGGAUGAACCUCUGUUCGAUCUGACCUCGAUCCUCGCCAAACUCAAAGGACACCACAAUCGAAUUCAGAUUCCGGGAUUCUAUGAUGAUAUUCUACCCCUCACAGAGGUCGAGGAGGCGCGUUAUGACGAUAUUGUUGAGACUUUGAUCAAGCGUAAUCCUGAAAAUGGACCACCGGAGACACUCAAAGCAUCUUUGAUGGCCCGUUGGCGAGAGCCAAACUUGACGGUUCAUCGAUAUAAAGUGUCGGGACCAGAUGGAUCAUUGGUCUCGUCUCAUGCGAGCGCUGCGAUAUCACUACGUCUCGUGCCGAACCAGGAAGUCGACGAUGUGAUCAAGUCUCUAACCGCUUUCCUAGAAGACGCUUUCGCUAGGCUCGACACCCACAAUCGUCUGACAAUUACAAUCGAUAAUCAAGCUGAUGCCUGGCUCGGCGAUCCUGACAAUGAAAUCUUCCAGACUCUUGAAGCAGCAAUCAUGGAUGUCUGGGGUCCUAUUGGAGAGACUCGACGCUCAAGUGUGUCUGCGCCAAGAUUGAAGCAGCAAGCGAAGCUUUCGUCGCAACCAACAAUAAGUCCAAGCCUCAAGCCCACGCCAGCAACCACAACGACACUGACUAAUGGUUCCGAUCAUACUUCGCUGGCUGUGACUGCUCUUGAUUUAGACACUUCAGAAGACAAGCCUGCAGAAAGUGGCAACACAAACGGAACGAAGAAGAAAGGACGCAAGCCACUAUACAUUAGAGAAGGAGGCUCGAUCCCGAGUAUCAGAUUCUUGGAGAAAGAGUUCAAUGCUCCAGCAGCACACCUACCCUGCGGACAGGCCAGCGACUCCGCGCACUUGGACAACGAGAGACUGAGGGUGAGUAAUUUGUACAAAAGUCGUGAAAUUUUCAGACAGGUGUUUAAGGAGUUGCCGAGGAAAUAAAAUUGAAGUUGCUAGCAUAUCUUCUGAGUUGCGGAGUUGGGGAUGUUGACAUUAGAUGCAUUGGGGGUUGGGGAGGUGAAAAUGUUGAAAAGUGAAAGUGUUUCUAGCGUGGCGUUGAAGAGGUGAUAUCCUAUGAUCUGGAUUAUGUGAGAUUGGCUGUGUAGCAAUUUAGAAAAAUAAUGACUGUCUUCACUUCGCGCAAUU